AUGGGCUCCGACGGAACUGCUCAGCUCAAGUUCGGCGUGGACAGGAUCCUCUCUGCGGAGAUUGGUCCGGCCGCAGUGCCGCAGCCUCUAGCCUACUCCAUAACAGCUGUUGCCUGCGAGUGGAGCGGUUGCAGCCGAUGCAGCGCACUCCGCUGCUGCUCUAGGCAGCUCCACCAGCCUCAGUACUUCCACCACUCCUACUUCCAACCCGCUCCGGUUCUUCACGCUCCCAAGCCAUUAAGGCCCUUCCCUACCAUUGUCAGAGAAACAGAAGAACGGGGAAUGUCAGGCAAAAGGAAAAGAUCAUGGUCCAGGGCAGUGUUUUCCAGCCUGCAGCGGAAAGGUUUGGAAAAGAGGUUCCAGCUCCAGAAAUACAUCACCAAACCAGAUAGGAGGCAACUUGCUGCUACCCUCGGUCUCACUGAUGCUCAGGUUAAAGUCUGGUUCCAAAAUAGACGCAUGAAAUGGCGGCACACUAAAGAAAUGAAAGGUGUUAAUGGAAUGACUUGUCAUCAACGACUAUCUGCGACUGGAUCUCAGCAGCCACAAAGCCAAGCGGUUUAG